UCCUCCAUACCGUUCUCUGGCGAAGCGUAGGGAGUCGAUUACCGGUUGCUCCCCGUCAUACUAGGAGUCAGUGCGUCUGGAAGAGCUAUACUUGGGCAUGUGCCGUGUUUCUUCGACGCUCUCACGUCGUCAAGUCAGCUGGAGGACGAGAUGCAGCCGCUGUCUUAUGCGCCGUCAUUCCUGACUGACUAUGAGAGUGAAUGCCGAAUGCUUUCUGCUCUGAGGAAGCAGUUCAGAGUUUUUCAAUCCGAGAUUGCUGGCUUCUGGAUGCUUUGGACGCGUGCACUCUCUGCGUCAAACGUGUUGUCUCCCGGUGUCAUUCCCCAGCCCCAAAGCAGGCAAAUUUGGGCCGAUCAUCCAGCGGCUGACGAAAUGGGCGCUGCCUAAGAAUCAGGCGAUGGCGCUCGAGCGAUGAUCCAGUACAACAUCUUCGAGCCGUAGAUCCUCAGAGACGAAAGCCAGGCCCACCAAAAUACCACCCUCCUGGCGCUUGUCAUCGGAUUCGUCCAAGAAGCCGUUCGCGGACACAUCCAAGCCUGCUCAGCAAGCUGAACGGAUGCGAUCUCAGGCCGAAUGCUCUGAUCCAAGGGGUGUUACACUUCGCCGGAAGCACAGUGCUGGCGACAGCAGUUCGAGGAACAACUGAGCCUGUGGCAUGUAAAAGAGAUACGCCAGAAAGAGCUCCGAUUGCUCCAGCAGCAGCAGCAGCGGCGGACAGCCAAAGAGUAGAACGGCUACCGCUGCAAUUACACUGUUAGGGCCUGCGACGGGUGCUUGGAUUGUAUCCGCUGAGCUCUCACGAGGAGAGGGGGUCUAGAUGCGGCAUUCCAUAGGUUGGCAUCAGCCAUGUGUGGUGAGUGACUAACGGCCAGACAGUGGCCAGACAACGGUGGAUGCGGGAUUGCGGUGAGGGAUGGGGAGAUUCCGGAAACCUCUCCCGCCAGCAACAUCGAGACCCUGGACCUCAUAAGCACCGGUCUUUUGUGCUUCUGCUCCAGUCUAGCUCCGAUCGACUUGUUCAACGCACGAUGAAUGCAAAUCCAAAACGCUCUGUGAUGGAUGCUUCUGGCCAAUUGGAGCCAGCCUCAUAGACCGAGGAAAGCCACGGGCGGUUCUUAAUCAAGGAUAGGCCUGGUCAGGGGACUCCAAAGAGGCUUCUAAACUCCCUGGCUACUCUUGAACGUUGCACACCAUGUCUAGAUUGCCUCAACCAGUGUUUCCAAUCGCGAACGUCGUGCCGACACUGGGAGACGAGGAUACCAAGGACCGCAAGGACCCGGAAAACACAGCUACCGAUCUCCUCACGGUCGGAAAGCGGCCCUUGUUCGUGUCCUCGAUGAGCAAGGACGAGCCGGUCGUGACGCGCAGGGAACUCUGGAGCUAUUAUCUAUACUGCAAUGGCGAUAAUGGCGUCGGCCCGAACGGCUUCUCGAUGACGCUGUUCCAAUCGCUCGCGUUCGCCGCUGGCUACGAUCCCAUCGCGGGGCCGGGCUCGUCCUGCUCGGCAGCCAACGCGUCCGGCCAAUGCGUCGUUCCAUGGGGCCGCGGGCACAAGAGCGUCACGAGCGUCGUCCUAAGCCAGGCACGCAAUCUCAUCUCGCGACGUGAACGGGUUAUGACCUUGAUCUUCACGACGAUUGGGAGCGUGGCGGACUACGGCACCUCUGGCCGCUGGCUGUUUCUUGCGUUCACGGUCAUCUGUUGGGGCGCCCAGUUCGCGAGCAUGGCGCUAACCAAACCGUCCCGUUGGGGUGCGGCGAUGGCCUUGUACAUGGUCGGGUUCAUCUCUUACGGGGCUACACUCGUCUUCUGCUCGGCGCUGUUCCCCCGUCUGGCGAGAAACACAGCUCAUGCGCGUGAAAUCAGAACCCGGUACGAAACGGAGAAAAUUUCGCAAGAAGAUUACGAGAAAGAGGAGAGCUUGGAGACGAAUCGUCUCAGCAAUAUCAGCACAGCACGUACUGCGCACAGCAAUAUCGGAUACAUUGCCACCCUGUGUCUGAAUCUGACCAUCUUGCUUCCUUUGAGCUCCAACGGACUGGCCGAUAACUACACCAUCGUUUUGACGAACAUGUACUGGGUGCUCACCGGUAUCUGGUGGUUCGUCUUUCAAGCACCACGGCCUGGCCCUCCCCUCCCAAAAGGGAAACACUACAUCACAAUCGGCUGGAAACAGAUCUGGGCGGUGUGCAAUCAGUACAAACAGCUUCCGUACACUUUUAUCUACUUGUUCGCGUUCUUCCUCCUGGCUGAUGGCCUCAACACAACCGGAACGUUGGUCUCGAUCUGCCAGAACGACAAGUUUUCCUUUAGCUUCUUGCAGAACACGUAUCUGGGCCUGUCGCAAGCCAUCACCUCGACCGCGAGCACAUUUGGAUUCUGGUACAUCCAGAGGUACUGGAAGAUCUCGACAAAGCGGAUGUUUGUCGUCACGAACUGCUUCACGAUCAUGAUUCCGCUUUGGGGUAUGAUCGGGAUCUGGACCCAGAAGCUUGGGUUCCACAACAAGUGGGAGUUUUGGGCAUACAAUGUCGUUUUCGGCCUCUUCCAAGCGCCGUACUACGCGUUCUCCCAGACGAUGAUGGCCGAGUUGACACCGCCCGGCUUUGACAACAUGUUCUUCGGUCUCUUUGGUCUCUCGAACCGCGCCAGCUCGAUGAUCGGACCGAACGUGAUCCAGGCCAUCAUCGACUCCUCCGGUAACAACUGGAUGGGCUUCCCAUUCUUGUUCGCACUGUGCGUGUGCGCGUCGCUGGUCAUCUGGUUCGCGGUGGAUGUGGAGAAAGGCCGCAGAGAUGCUGUGGCCUGGGCGGAGUCGAUCAGGGAAGAUGCGACUGCGAGGAUGCAGUGAGUCGUCGGAGGAGUCGAACGCGAUCGCGUCUUCUACCGACCUGGGUGAUGAGCAAGUAAUGCAUCUGUGGCUCGGCAAGAAACAAUCCUAGCCUGAAGCAGUGCAUGUUAUACCGGUGAUUUGCCUGCUCCUCGAGUUUAGUCCGAUGGCAACCCACGGGCGAGCAUCUAUCAAACCAUAGAGGCUCGCAUUGACCUCCGUGCUACAUUUGAGGUCAUCUCGUGCACGAGGGCGUUGGGGUGGUACAUGCAAAAGGCACCAUCCUUGCCUAAUAGAGACGUACUGCAUGCCCCGAAUGAGCACAGCUAUUCUAUUUUACUAUCGUCCAGAAGCGCAGCUAGACUAAUCGACUGGAUACUGACAUUACAAAGUCGGGCAGAUAUGAUAAAUAGCUAAACACGAGAUUGGAUCAACUCCUGCAGCAUUCGCUCUAGGCCCAGCAGUCUCUCGUUCACCCAGUCCCGAUGCCCCGAGAUCUGAUCCUCAAGCUCAGAGAACCGGCGCUCCAGCACUCCUACCCGCUCCUCGACCGUCGGAUCUUUCUCCUGUUUCUCCUCCUUCUCCGGCAGUCGACCUAGGCCAUGGAACUCGUGGUCCAUCCCUCGAUGCGAGUGCGCCGGGCGCAGCCGUGGCCGCGAUCUCCGCGGUCGGGGCACAGUGCGGAUCUGCUGCUCCGCCAGCGUCGAGUAGAAGCGCAGAUCGCCCGUCGACAACGCCUUCUUCACGUGGCGGUACUCGUCGCUCUCCUCCUCCGACAGCGUCGCGCCAAACUGGGCGCUCCCGUCCCCGUUCCGGAUGAACAGCUCGAUGUACUUGCGGCGCGUGUCGCGGCGCUCCUUGAAGUACGACCACGUCCAGCCGCGCUGCCUGACGUCGUCCAGCACGGCCGCGGUCGCGAACUUCCACAGCGCGCGUGGAUCCUUGUCCGGGGGCAUCAAUCGCGCGUGGCGGGCGACCAGCGGCCGGAAGACCAGAUCCAUGAAGUGCGUCGCCGGGUCUGGCUCGAAUCCGAGCGUGCCGAGCAAAGUAUCGUUGGCAGGAUCCCACUUCCCCGCGAAGAACUGCGUGGCGUGUCGAUCGGGUAGAGACCGUCGGAAGGAGACGGCGUGCGUGCUGCUGGAACAGGUCCCGGUGAUCGUGUGCGAGUCGCCCUCCGUUGCGAUGAAGGCCUGCACCCCGUCGUCGGGUGACGGGGCAGGCCGGAGCAUGAACGUCAUCACUCCCCCGACAGGAAGCUCUGACGUCGAUCGUGCAGAGUAGAGGAACCCUCGCCAUUCCGACACGAACAAGCUUUCGAAUCCCGGCAGCGGCAGUGCUCCAGCGAUCUCCUCCUCAUCUCGUCGUGUUUCCGCAUCCGCGCUGGUGCCCGCUCGGCCGAUCUCCUCUGUCGGGCCCUCGACAUAUGCCACUCUCAAAUGGCCGCCGCUGGGCGACCGCUCGAAAUCAGGAUCGUCGCUUGACGGGGGGAAGACGGUUUGGGGAUCCGGACUCGCGAACGAGGACAAUGACGUCGGGAUGGACGAGUCGCGCGAAUGAACCGAGGUCGAUGGGCCGGGAACGGGUGGAACGUCGGGCGGACGAUGGGAGGCGCUGAACGUCGACAGCGUCCGUCUGCGCAGGUUCUUCGAGCUCAGCUUCUGCAGCAAGCGUGGCAUAGGCAUGGUCGUAGUCGUGGUCGUGGUUCGCUUGAGAGAGACGGGUACCACUGUCGUUGUUACGCAUUGUCAAUGUUAGGCGUCUGGAGCUGACCACUACUCACC